GCCCCGCCCAGGCGGUGGCCGUUCCCCGCCUACCGCAGCCUGUGCCACUUCUCCCCGAGCUGAGGCGGCGGCUGAGGCAGCCUUUUCCGUGCCUGUUGCGGUCUAGGUGGCGUUCCUGUCCGGCAACGAGCGGCGGCGCAGCCCCGGCGCCCGCGGGCAAUGGUGCGGCGGAGCGCGCGAUCGCGGGCGGCCCUGCGGCGGGCAUGAAGGAGGAUGGAAGGGCAGGACGAGGUGUCGGCGCGGGAGCAGCACUUCCACAGCCAAGUGCGAGAGUCCACGAUAUGUUUUCUUCUUUUUGCCAUUCUGUACAUCGUUUCCUACUUCAUCAUUACAAGAUACAAGAGAAAAUCAGAUGAACAAGAAGAUGAGGAUGCUGUAGUCAACAGAAUAUCGUUGUUUCUGAGCACCUUCACUCUAGCGGUUUCAGCUGGAGCUGUUUUGCUUUUACCCUUCUCAAUCAUCAGCAAUGAAAUCCUGCUUGCUUUUCCUCAAAACUACUAUAUUCAGUGGCUAAAUGGCUCCUUGAUCCAUGGCUUGUGGAAUCUUGCUUCUUUAUUUUCCAACCUUUGUUUAUUUGUGUUGAUGCCCUUUGCAUUUUUCUUUCUGGAAUCAGAAGGUUUUGCGGGCCUGAAAAAGGGAAUCCGAGCCCGAGUUUUGGAAACUCUGGUUAUGCUGCUGCUUCUUGCAUUGCUGAUUCUUGGGAUGGUGUGGGUGGCUUCUGCCCUGAUUGACAGCGAUGCUGCCAGCAUGGAGUCUUUAUAUGAUCUCUGGGAGUUCUACUUGCCCUAUUUAUAUUCCUGCAUUUCACUGAUGGGAUGCUUGCUACUUCUCGUGUGUACCCCAGUUGGCCUUUCCCGUAUGUUCACAGUGAUGGGUCAGUUACUAGUGAAGCCAGCGAUUCUUGAAGACUUGGAUGAACAAAUUUAUAUUAUUACCCUAGAAGAAGAAGCACUCCAGAGAAGGCUACAUGGGCUGUCUUCAUCAGUUGAAUACAACAUAAUGGAAUUGGAGCAAGAACUUGAGAAUGUAAAGACCCUUAAGACAAAAUUAGAGAGGCGAAAAAAGGCUUCAGCAUGGGAGAGAAAUUUGGUGUAUCCUGCUGUGAUGGUUCUACUUCUUUUUGAAACAUCCAUUUCAGUCCUCUUGGUGGCGUGUAACAUUCUUUGUCUGCUGGUUGACGAGACAGCCAUGCCAAAGGGAACAAGGGGGCCUGGGAUAGGAAGCGCCUCUCUCUCCACUUUUGGCUUUGUGGGAGCUGCACUUGAAAUCAUUCUGAUUUUCUAUCUCAUGGUGUCUUCUGUUGUUGGUUUCUAUAGCCUCAGAUUUUUUGGAAACUUUACACCCAAGAAGGAUGACACAACUAUGACAAAGGUAAGGGAGCCUCAGGUGCUGGAAAGCUGUCCUGCUGUUAAGCAGGUUUUGUCUGGUCACCCAGUCCUUUCUCACCCAUAUCCAAUUUUUUCUGCAGGACUUCACAAACUUCACUUGUCAGAUACCUCAAGAGAUUCGGAAACUGCAAAGCCUUCUGCAAACGGGCAUCAGAAAGCACUGUGAGACCUGGCUGCUUCAGUAGCAUUCUGCAGCAAGUCCUGACAACUCCUGACAUUCGAACAGACACUGAUCAACUUCUGUUGGGGUCUGGGCCCGCCUGUCAGUGCCACCUUCUCAUCAGCACUGAGAACUUGGCAUUGCUGAUCACUUUCUCAUUUGAAUUUUCUGAUCAACCUCAGAGCUUUGGGUUAAACCCUGAGUCUUAGAGACAGAGCGAGAGUUGUGUGUCUACAGCAGGGAGCCAUCUGAAUGAGAGGUGAAGAUGUGCAAGGAGGCAGACUUGGACUUUCUUAUGCUUUGCUUUACGCCAUGAGACAUUUGGGUCUGCAGGCAGAAGCCUGCCUGAAAGUUGCCUGGUACUCCAAAACAUCUUCAGAAAGUCCUGAAAACUUCUGUACUAGUAGCAAACUACAUUUUUUUUUUUUUUUUAAAUUUCCUUAAAAGACCAAAAGCAGAGUUUCUGAUUCAUGUUACAGAAUCUUCAUUAGACUUUGAGCCAAUGGAAAAAUACUAGAUUCUUUUCAAACCUGAGCCUUGGUGGGCAGCCCCAGGACUUUUUGUGGUAAGCUGCAAUAGGAAGCAUAUGUGAUCAUAGAUUUGGACAUUUGUGUGUAUACACCUGAUAAUACUUCUCACAGCACAGUGCCAGUGUUGUACACACUUGUAACUUAGACCUUGCCUUAUAGGCCAUAUGUACAUUCACUUUUUAAGACCUUUUUUCAAAACUGCUUCACUUCCUGUGCUUGUUGUACCUGUGAAACCCCUAGAUGGCAACUGCUUCUUCUUUAUGUCUCUCAGGCUUUGGUGACCUUCAUAUCACCACCUCAAGUCUCCACCCCAGGAAAGUUACCAGUGUGAUACCCAGAACUUAAAGAUCCUGGAAGGCCAGGUGCAGAGUAAUAUGAGCUCAUAAUUAUUCAGUUGUUUAGUUGUAAGUAAUUGUUGGGAUGGCUUCUCAACUCCUGAGUCUACUGAUUAAAAAACAUGAGUGCAUGCUGUUGCUGUCCCUAGGUAGCACACAAUUCACAGAAAUAUAGUGGUGCUCAUAUGCACUAUGUGGAUGACAAAACAUGGUUUGUGUUCAGAAAAGUAAAACAUUUUUUUCUCAAAUUAUUGAAUUUAGUUUCUUUUGGAGAAAUUUAUGAAAAACAGGCUGUAUCUGACAUUUUUUUUUUUUUUUUACUUAGAAAAACAUGAAAAUUUUAGCUGUACUUUUACAAGCCAUUGAGUACACUUCUUUACUUACAUCAUUGCAUUGCCUGAUUCCUCAGGUUAGUUUUUUAAAAAAAGGAGCCUUGGUACAGUGGCUCUGAGUGACUCAGUGUACGACUUCAGUGAGUACUAGUAGAUUCCUGAGUGUGAGGUCCUGCACUAACACAAUGCAAGUCAGCUGCUUUCAAAUUCCCAUGAUCAUUAUGCCUAUGUUAGUUAAUGCCAGGCUCUGCUUUUUACUUGAAAUUCAUCCUUUGGGCAGACCAAGUGAAGGAGAGAUCCGAGAGCAGUUUCCCACUGCAAUCCCUUUCAGUGCACACCAUUUGCUGAUACAUCCAAACACAGAGCUCCUGGCUAAUCUGUAAGGUAAGGUGUCUGAAAAUUUCCUAAAAUAUUAAACUUUUCAAUAUGUCUCAACUUGAA